AUGGGUGCCCUGCCACUCAACUGCUCCGUGGCUUCAGUGACUAAUACCCGGGUCCGUCCACCAGCACCGUGCUGGUCAGUCAAAUGGGUUUGCGCCUUAUGGGUCGUUGCAACAGUUGCCACCGCUCCAACAUGGCGGGAGAAACUCUGUUUGCUUAUUGUUUGUUAUCAUAUUCAAAAAAUCCUGGUUGCUUUUGAUCUUCCCAUGCUGAUUAUUUCAGUGUCCUAUCUAAUGCUGCUGAAAUUUUUGGGCAAGAGAAGUCUAAACAAACCAAAACGCAGGGUUCGUGUCAACAAAUCCAUCACAAUUGUGGUGCUCUCGUUUUUUCUCUGUUGGAUGCCGAACCAUCCGAUUACAUUUUGGGGUGUGUUGGUGAAACUAAAAAACGUCAUUUACUGGGAUGAGCCAUAUUAUAUUGUUCAUAAUGACCCUCAUACUUAUGUAUUCCCUGUGACCAUUUGCUUAGCUCAUGCUAAUAGUUGUUGUAAUCCGUUUAUAUAUUGCUUUACAAGACGGGCAUUGAGAGAGAAACUAAAACAAUGUUUGUCAAAUGUUGCACCUUGGUUUUUGACCCUGUCUCAGAAAGCUGGGAGCUGCUAUAAAUGCAUAGGCUACAUUAAAUAAUGUCGUUUCAUUUAGAAAAAAAAUAAUUGCCUGUCAUUU